AUGUCCUAUACAGAUGAUGCUGUCAAAGCAAAGCUCUCGGCGCUUAACGAGACGCAAGAAUCCAUUGUAACCGUUGCACAAUGGGUGAUGUUUCAUAGGAGACAUGCAGACCGCACCGCACAGCUCUGGCUGGAAAAGUUACGCGAUGCAAAUUCUGCCAAACGGCUCAAUUUGAUAUAUCUUGCAAAUGAAGUUGCACAGCAAUCCAAAGCAAGAAGAAAAGAAGACUUUUUGAUCGCUUUUUCUCCGAUCAUUGCCGAUGCCACGGCCACUGCCUUCAAAGGUGCAUCAAACGAUAUCCAGCAGAAAUUGCGACGCGUCGUGGAAGUGUGGAGGCAAAGACGCAUCUUCGAAAUGCCAAUCCAGGAAGCUGUCGAGGCUCGAGUAGAUGACGUUGAUAGAUCCCGGUCCUCCGGGAAAAAACAACUACUCGGCGGCUCCCUGUUCUCAACCUCUAGCGGUUCCCUUCCCCCCGAAUUACAACCAUUAGCUCCUCUGCAGCUUGCUGUUUCAAAAGCGGCCAUGUCCUCGAGUACUGCAGUAUCGAAUGCAAACUCAGAAUACGAGAAAAUGAAUGAGCCUACGGCUACAAUUCCAACGCCGCCAGUGCACGCUGCCCGAUUAAGCCAGCUUCUAAAAUCUCUCGCCAGUGCCGAAAGCUCUGUUUCUGAAAUAAUCAAGUCCCGCCAAAGUCUUAUUGAAGGCCUCGAAAAGCUACUAGAUACAAAUCGUGCAGCAUUUACUGCAGAGAAGGCUCAAUUUGAAAGCAUAUUUGCGCGUAAAACCGAGACUGAGAACAAGAAACGAGAGGUCGAAGACGCCAUCAUGCGGAAUCUUGCUGCAGAAAGCCCUCAGGGCGAUGGUGAUAUGAACUGGAUGGGCCCCGGUGCGGGCAAUGGAGACCACGAACUCGAAGCUCCCGCCGUGGAAGAAUUGACCCCGCCGCCAGUGGAAGCCCUCACACCUGUAGGAUCACCAAAACUAAACCCAACCCUCAAUCCUGGAAUUCCUACCAGCGAAAGUCUACCUAUUGGUGGCCUUAGCCAUGAUAAGAGCGUUGACUUACCUUUUCCAAGUGCUCACCCUCCCACGGAGCUCCACCAAGCUGAGAGUAGCUCCAGCUCCAAGAAACGCAAGGUGACACAUGAGAUGGACGAGUUCGCGGCGACUUUUGAAGGGGAUGCGAUGGCAGAUCUGGACGCUGAUGUGGCAGAGCUGCUGCGGCAGGAGAGCAAUAAAUAUUAA